GUGGAAAGCAUCCGAAAGGCGAUCGAUAGCAUAGAUAAGAAGCAAGGUCAGAGGAACGAUCCGAACUUUGUGGCGGUGUCGAUCGACCUUAAUCUGUGGCCGGCUUGUAGGAUCAAAUAUUGGUAGUUCUUGACUUUUGAGUAAAUGGAGGGAGGUUUGAAAACAAAACUGUUGCAAAGUGAAGGUGAAAAGCCCAACCAAAAUGAGUUACUGCGAGACCGGAACUCAGUUACUGCUCUCAGAUGUGAUUUCUUCUCCAACUUACCUGACAAAGUCCGGUCUGGCUUUGAUCCUGAGGCCCCUUUUCAUCUAAACCUCUCUAAAACUACUGGCUUGAUAGAAGGGGAGAAGGAAUACUAUGAGAAACAAUUUGCCACCUUAAGGUCUUUUGAGGAAGUUGACUCUCUAGAGUCACCCAAUGUGAUUGAUGCUGAGCAAGAUCGAACAGAACAAGCCCAACAUGAGAGAGCAAUGAAAAUUUCUAAUUUGGCAAACACCCUUCUGCUUGCUUUAAAGAUAUAUGCUACAGUGAAGAGUGGAUCCUUAGCUAUUGCAGCUUCAACUCUAGAUUCUUUGCUAGAUAUUAUGGCUGGUGGUAUACUUUGGUUCACACACUUGUCUAUGAAAAACAUAAAUAUCUACGAGUAUCCUAUUGGAAAGUUGAGAGUGCAACCAGUAGGCAUUGUCAUAUUUGCAGCUGUCAUGGCUACUCUUGGCUUUCAAGUUCUUGUCCAGGCCUUAAAACAACUUAUCGAAGACACACCCUCCGAAAAGAUGACUUCAGAAAAGUUGAUCUGGUUGUAUGCAAUCAUGCUGAUAGCUACUGGCGUCAAACUUGUUCUUUGGUGGUACUGUAGAAGCUCGGGAAACACAAUCGUCCGUGCCUAUGCCAAGGAUCAUUACUUUGAUGUGGUCACAAAUGUGGUUGGCUUGGUUGCUGCUGUUCUUGGAGAUGAAUUCUAUUGGUGGAUAGAUCCAGUUGGUGCUAUCGUCCUCGCAUUGUAUACAAUUUCUAAUUGGUCCGGAACUGUCCUAGAAAAUGCAGUCUCUUUGGUUGGACAAUCAGCUCCUCCUGAAGUCUUGCAGAAACUCACAUAUCUCAUCCUAAGGCACCACAGUUUAAUCAGACGUGUCGACACAGUCAGGGCCUACACCUUUGGGGUUCUCUAUUUUGUUGAGGUUGACAUUGAACUGCCCGAAGAUUUGCCAUUGAAAGAAGCACAUGCAAUUGGAGAAUCAUUGCAAAUAAAGAUCGAAGAGCUCCCUGAAGUCGAGCGGGCAUUUGUUCAUCUGGAUUAUGAAUGUGAUCACAAGCCAGAGCACUCUGUUCUAAGUAGGCUCCCCAACAGCCAUCCUUGAUAGUUGAUUCAGAGUU